AUGAAACACUACCUGAUCAAGACUGAUGAAGUAGCGAAGAGCUCCAUACGUCAGCUUGUUGAUUAUGCUUCAGCUUCCACCUUGGCCACUGCUGUUGCGUGUACUGCGACUAAUUUUCUUCAAGUUAUUAAAACUAGGACGCAAGUUGCGGCAUCUUCUGAAGUUGGCAGAAUUCGACCGGACGACAAAGAAAGUGUUAUAAAAGUAGCGAGAAACCUAAUUAAAGAAGUUGGUUUGCUACGAGCCUCUGUUAAGGGGUUACAUAUGAACUUACUACAUGCCAUGCCUGCCUCAGUACUUGGCAUGGUUAUAAUAGAGGCCAUAGAGCCUGAGAACGCAUCAAAUGAGCAGGUGCUUUGA